GGACUACAAGGGACCAACGACAAUAAUAAUAAUUUUUUACAAUUUUUCCAUAGUUCAUCAGACCUCUAACGGUAUUCUUAGAUAUUAAUUUUAAAAAUGUCGAUAACACCAAAUGCCGACAAAGCAAUCAAAAAAAGCAAUAAAAUAAAAUCAAAAACAAAAUCAAAAAAAUCAAAAAUCAUCAAAAAAAAAAAAUAAAAAAACAAAAACAAAAUCUCUCUCUCACUCUCUCAAAAAGACAGCUUGAAAUCAUAAUAAACAAAAAGUGUAAACAAAAUCUGGAUAUUAAUUUGUUAAUUAAUUAAUUAAAAUUAAUUUAUAAAAAUGAAAUUUAAAUGCAGAAUGUCAGAGACAUUGGCAAUGCGAGAUUUUACAAAUGUCGUAAAUGCAAUAUCAAAAAUGUCAAAACUUUGUGUUAUGAUAAUGAGUAUUGAUGAGAUAUGUUUUACUGUUUUGGAUGACAUGAAUCCAAUAGUAUGGGCAGUAUUAUCAAAAAAUCAUUUUUUCAAUCAAUACUCAUUGUCUGGUGCUGAUGUAGAACAAAAUUUGAUAUACCUUGAAGUUGAUACAUUGAUGUUAUCAAAAAGUUUAACAACAUUAAAAACAGCAGCAACAAGUGUUACAAUUAAAUUGACAAAUAAACAACAACCAUGUUUAACAUUGGACAUUGAAAUACCAGCAAUAACUGAUUGUUGGCAGUGUGUUCAUGAUGUACCAAUAAGAGUGGUACCACGACAAGAAUGGCCAUCAUAUAAAACACCAUCUGUACCAGCUUUUGAUAUAACAAUUGAUUUACCACCAAUGAAACACAUACGUAAUGUUGUUGAAAGAAUGAAAAACAUGAGUCCAUAUUUAGGUAUUGUUGCUGAUAAUAAUGGCAUGUUGAUACUUAAAAGUGAAACAAAUAAAGCAACUGUUGCAACACAUUUUCGUGAUCUUCGUGUAUGGAAAGACAAUACAACUGAUCAAGAUAAAAUAACAGCAACUAUUGAUAUCAAAAGAUUCAUCAUGUUUUUAGCUUGGGAUGCUGUACGUCCUGAUAGUGUACAAUGUAAUAUAUUACAUGAACAAAUGUUAUACUUACAUGUUAAUUUACAAAAUAAUAUUAAAAUUAAUUAUUUUAUACCAGGUAUUAGUUUUUAAAUAAAUUUUAUAUAUUUUAAUAUUUAAUAAGUAAAAAAAAAAAGAAAAA